UCAAUCUCGAUUUACUGUUGUGUAUGUCAAUCUUUUAUUUUCGUAUAAUUCUUCACUAAAUAAAAUAUGGAGAGCAACUUAUAUCAAGCUCUCGUUGAUUUAAAAUGUCCAUCAAUCACGUCCUUGGAAGAAUUUCAAACAAUAACUCAAGGUCCUAUCACAUCUUCUUAUACUUAUAUAGUUUCAUUUUUAUCUGGAGAACUUCAAAAUUUUUUGAAUUUGGAGGAAAUAAUAAACCCAAUUGAUGAUAAUGCACAUCUUCAAUCAUUCCACAUUGAAACAAGUGCAUUUUUGAAAGAACUUGAUUGCCCUUAUACUUCCUUGCUUCAAGGACCUAUCCAUAAUCGCUUAUCAACUCAUAAGGAUAGAUUGAAAUUAUUAGACUAUCUAGUUACUGAACUACAAGCAGCAAAGAUCUCCUUAGCCAGCAAUGAUAUGGAAAUAGAUCACAAUGAUAAAUCAUCAGCUAUAAGCGAAAGUCCGGUAGCCCAUUAUCUUAGGUUGAUGCUGAUGGCUCUAUCAUUUCCUGAACCACAACCAGGCAUCAAACCAAGAGUGCUGUUUGCCAAAAUUAGAGAUAAGCUAAAGGAGCUCAUGAAUUCUCAAGGUAAGCAGCCCUUAACUCUAGGACAGCCCUUGCUAAAGGAAACCCUGAAUGCCGAAGAAUGGCGCGAAUUAGAUAGAAUAGUGCACGAAUUGUGUAAGGAGUAUAAAACAAGAAAAGAUUUGUUGCUCACGCGGGUCGAUCUCACAGUUGAUUCAUUCACGUGGUCUCAAAGGCUUAAGGAUAAAAAAGGGUUGAUAGCUGAGAAAUAUAAUCCCAUGAGGAUUCUACUAAACAACAAGGUCGCGAUAAACGUUGCUGAUAUUUUGGCUGCCAGAGAUGAUUUGUUGCAUUUCGAGAAAACGAGCGACUCUGGUGUCCGGAAGAACACUCGGAGUAAAAUUAGCCAAAUUCUUAUAGGAAGGGUUCCUGACCGUGGUGGAAGACCGUCAGAAACUCAGGCACCCCCUAAGGAAAUCCCAUCUUAUAAAAAGGAUAACCAAUCAAAUCAACAUAACCAAAAUUUUUCCCACAACAAUCAACGAGGCGGAAGUAGAGUUCAAGGAAAUUGGUCUGGAAAUAAUCCGAGAAAUAUGGGAGGAGAUUUUCAAAGAUAUAACAAUUCACAUCAACCAACGCAUCAGCAUUAUGCUACUCCACAACAAAAUUAUAUGCCUUCACCUGGAUUAUACAACACUGCUAACAAUUUUCAAAAUAAUACGCAAGGAUAUUACAACCAACCAAAUUACAAUUUUCCUACAAAUCAUCAAGCUAACAUGGGAAUUGAUCCUCAAUUCUAUAAUGGGCAACAACACUCCAAUCCUAAAAGAAACCGGGGUGGAGGCCAAUUUUCUCAGCAAAAUGAGGGCCACAGAAAUCGCUAUUGAAGAUUCUGACCACAGAAACUGCAUAUUUAUAUACUAAUAUAUUAUAUUUAUGUAAUAUGAUUAUCAUAUAUUUAUGACAAUAAAAAGUUUAUUCUU